UCUCCUCUUGACCACGGCUCAGCCGGUUGGAGAAGAGGCAGAUUGAUUUGGGACGGUGGGUCGCAUCUGCGGAUGUUAUUCUGUCUGUGGAGCCUGUAAAAAUCAUCCGCGCAAAUACGCCGUGAUUCUUACUCAGGGAAAAAGGAGAAAGAAAACAACAUGUCUUCUCGAUCUGCAUUACCGUCUGGAAACGACAGGAGUACUGGAGACCAUCAUGUGUCGCUGGGGGCCAGCCGCUCAGACAAGGCCACCAGCCAGUCAAGCCGCUCGCUGGGCGCCCGGUGCAGGAACUCCAUCGCCUCCUGCUCCGAUGAGCAGCCGCACAUCGGCAACUACCGUCUGCUCAAGACCAUCGGCAAGGGAAACUUUGCCAAGGUCAAGCUGGCCCGCCACAUCCUGACGGGCAGGGAGGUUGCAAUAAAAAUCAUUGACAAAACUCAGUUGAACCCAACAAGCCUACAAAAGCUCUUUCGGGAGGUACGGAUAAUGAAAGGCUUAAAUCACCCUAACAUAGUGCAGCUGUUUGAGGUGAUUGAAACGGAUAAGACCCUUUACCUAAUCAUGGAGUACGCCAGUGGAGGUGAAGUGUUUGACUACCUCGUGUCUCAUGGGAGAAUGAAGGAGGUUGAAGCCAGAGCCAAAUUUCGACAGAUUGUUUCCGCUGUCCACUACUGCCACACGAAGAAUAUUGUCCACAGAGAUUUGAAGGCGGAGAACCUUCUGCUGGAUGCCGAUGCCAACAUCAAGAUCGCCGACUUUGGCUUCAGCAACGAGUUCACACUGGGCAACAAGCUGGACACAUUCUGUGGCUCGCCGCCCUACGCCGCCCCAGAGCUUUUCCAGGGCAAGAAGUAUGAUGGGCCUGAGGUGGAUGUCUGGAGUCUGGGAGUAAUCCUAUACACGUUGGUCAGCGGCUCACUGCCCUUUGAUGGGCAGAACCUGAAGGAGCUGAGGGAGCGUGUGCUGAGGGGAAAGUACCGCGUGCCAUUCUAUAUGUCCACAGACUGCGAGGGGAUCCUUCGCCGGUUCCUGGUGCUCAACCCCGCCAAACGCUGCACCCUUGAGCAAGUCAUGAAGGACAAGUGGAUAAAUACAGGGUAUGAGGGGGAUGAGCUGAAGCCCCACAUAGAACCUGUUGAGGACUACAGUGAUCCAGCUCGCAUAGAGGUGAUGGUCGGGAUGGGCUUCACUCCAGAGGAAAUCAAGGACUCUCUGCUCAAUCAGAAAUACAACGAGGUCACCGCCACCUACUUACUGCUGGGCCGCAAAGGCGAAGAGGGCAGUGAGGCUCGCACAGCUAGUAGCCUGUCCCUGGCGAGGGUAAGACCCAGCCCCAUCACCAACGGGACCAACAAGCACUCCUCAGCUACUGGCUCCUCUUCCUCCUCCACCUCCUCCUCACAUAGCAAGACCCAGCGCAGUGCCUCCACUUACCACAGGCAGCGACGACACAGCGACUUCUGUGGGCCUUCCAUGCCCGUCAUGCACCCCAAACGGAGCCCAACCAGUACGGGCGACCGGGAGCUGCGGGAGGGACGAAUGCCUUCACGUAAGGCCAGUUGCAGUGUGAUGGGGAGCCACAGCCUCCCUCCCUCCAGCCCAAUGGUCAGCAGUGCCAACAACCCCAACAAGUCUGAGAUCCCAGACCGCCGCAAAGACAUGACUGCCACCACAAAUAACAUCCCUGGAAGUGCCAUGACACGCCGGAAUACGUACGUGUGCACAGAUCGCUCGGGGGCUGACAGACACUCUCUUCUGCAGAACGGCAAAGACAACAGCUCCUUGAGCCACCGCAUGCCUGCAGCUUCUCCCUCCACGCUCAGCAUUGCUGGGGCCGGAGCUGCCUCCUCCUCUUCCUCUUCGGACCGAUGCCGCCUGACCCGCGGCUCGACGAUUCGCAGCACCUUUCACGGGGGACAGCUGAGGGACCGUGGGCCCCCGGUUUACUCCGCCCCACCCACAUCACCCACCCUCUCCCACCAUGAUGCUAGCCCCCUGCCCCACGCUCGCACUAGGGCAACCUCCAACCUCUUCACCAAGCUGACCUCGAAACUCACUCGCAGGGUCAACCUUGACCCGUCCAAGCGCCAGGGCUCAAACAAAUCAGUCUCGGGUUGUACUCUUCCACAAGGAUCAAAAACAGUUAGGUCACAAAUGAAUCUGAGGGAAUCAGGAGAUUUGCGGUCACAAGUUGCCAUUUACCUGGGUAUCAAAAAGCGUCCGAGCCCCGGGCCGUCGGACGUGGCUGGGAUCUGAGGGGCG